UAGGAUUUUUUUGUUGAAUUAAAUGAACUUUACUUUGUGUUAAGCAGAAGAAACAAAUGAGUUCGGAGCAAGUUUUUCUAUAUUCAGGAAAAAAUAGGGUGAAUGUACCAGGAGAAUGACAAAGGGCCCAAGUCUGAGCCUUGUGGUACACCAAUUGUCCAGCAGCUUUGAAGAAUAUGAUCUCGUGUGUUAUAACUGGGAUUCUCAAAUAUAAAUAAAAUGAUGCUAAUAGUGUCAUGGCUCUGCCUCACUUAGUCAUGUUUUUCUUGGUCCUGUGGCAGAGUCAUGGCAAAGCCUUUGGUUAUGUGUGGAGAGAAACAUAUUAUUGUCCUUUUGACAAUAAUAUGCGUGUCCAGUGUCUCGUCAUUGGCCCCGCCCCUCUCGUUUCCUGUAUUGUUUCCCGUCCGUGUCUAAUGUUUCCCACCUGCCCUCGCUCGUUAUCCUUCGUUUGUCUUACCUAUAAAUGCCCUCAUGUUUCUUUGUCCUGUGCUCGUGGGUUAUAUUGUUCUUGUAUUGUGCAUGUCCACUUGUGCGCUGUGCCCACUCGUGCUCUGUGCCCACUCGUGCUCUUGUUUGCUGUUGCUGUGGAUUACUUCCCAUCCGUUUUAGUAAGGGUUUAGUUCUUGUCUAGUGUUGUGUUAAGCCCAGUGUCAGUUAGUCUACGUCCUGUUGUUUGUAUUAUUUUGUGACCUUUCAUUUUCCCAAUCGAGGGUGUUUUGUUUUGUACUUUUGUUUUGUUAUUAAAUAAAUAUAUCUUGUUAACCCCUUCACUGCCGCUGCCUGCACUUGGGUUCUUCUUGCCACAGCUGUGACAAAUAGUGUUAUUGCAGCAUAAAAAUAGGCAUGAACUAAAAUUGUCGUUUCAAAAAGUCAUUGUUUUUGACCUUUCAAAAUGAAACCGCACGGGAUUUUUAUACAGUAUAAUGGAAAUGUGAUAACUGCUAUAUUUGCAGAGAUUUUUAUGUAACAGGCACUCAGAGGGUCAGUGCAGUGGACAUUACUUGUUUUUGAUAAGAGGAUGUGGUUUGGCUUCUCUCCCUGUUCACCACAUCUCAAACAUUGCAGUCGUUCUCUGUCAUUUGGCACUACUCGUGAGAAUCCGAACAGCCAUCCACCCACAACGGCCAUGCUGCAUCACACAAGUGGACCUCAACACGUCGUCUUCUCAGAAUGCUGGUGUAGAGCAGCAGACAGACAAUGUGACCAGACAAUGAAAGAAAGAAAAACAUGUGACAUCAUCACAAAACUGCUGCUAUACUGUUUCUCAUUAUUGAUUUUUCAUUUUGUAGACAUUUACCAUUAAUAACUGUUACAAAGACAGUUUUCUCAACACAACUUUCUUGGAAGUCCUGGUACAAAAAUAUGUGUAAAUGGUCUCUAAAUUUAUUGUUGGAAAAUAUGCACAUCUCCCCCUUCUCGGCCCCCUGCCCACAGUUUUGCCACAAGGGACAAACAACUUAGAAUUUCAAAACCCGAGGAUCACAAAGACCGUAUUCAAGUGACGUGGCCUUGAGUGUGCAGAGGGACAUUUUGUUCUCUGAUGAAUUAAAGAUUCCUUGUUUCUCUCAGUGAGACAUUCCUUCCUCAUAAAAUGAUCUCUUCUUCAUCAUGAGAGGCCCUGGAUUUCCAUAGAGUCCCGAUUUGCUAGUGUGUUUUGUCACUGCAUGUUCAAAGAGUUUGAUGUCAUUAUGAAAGGGUCAAAGACGUGAUGAGGACCACCAAGAGAUUUGCUAGCUAUCCUGUGGCUCAGUGAUUAGAGCAUGGCGCUAGCAACACCAAGGUCAUGGGUUGGAUCCCAGGGAUUGCACAUUCUCAGAUACAAAUGUAUAAUAUAAUGCAAUGUAAGUCGCUUUGGAAAAAAGCGUCUGCCAAAUGUAAAAUGUAACUGAUUCUCUUCUAAACACCCGAUUUGCUGUUUGGCAGAUGUUUUCAAAGUGAUUUAUAGUACAGUACAGUCCUGCUAGAGUUACCCGAGGUUCAGUUUCAUACUCAAGGGGAAUACAGUAACCAACAACAUCUAGUUAACUAGUCUAGAGCUUUAACCACUUGGUUCCCACCGUAAAGUAUUGGCCAAUCUGUCAUUCUUCUGUAAUACAUCUGAAAUACUGUAAAUCAAAUGCAUGUGAGGGAAACACAUGACGUGAAUGAAAUAUUAUAAUAAUAUUCAUAUAUCAUAUGUAUUUCAAUUCUCAUGAUGAUUAGGCAAGUAGGUACACAUGAUGUAUGAGACACACACACUUCACACAGAAAUGUCCAGAGAGCUCCAUGCAUCUGCACUGACGGCGCUCACACAUGUCUGCUUGUUUCCAUAAAUUCUUCAGAAAUGAAAGUGGGCGUUCAGUGAAUUCAUAACGUCUCGGAUUCUGACGCACAAUGGCAAAACUGAAGAGACACAAAAUAGCCUCUGUGUUCACUGAAACAAUUUGUUGGUGGUUUAAAUCUAAUGGUGCAAAAACAUAAAAUGCCUGCAGUGAAUAAUGUACAUGCUUACAGACUCAUACAUCAGAAACAUUCAGAAAGCAAAGAGUUACACAUAUUACACAUCAAAAGAUAUUUGUGCAAUAGAGUCACUCACACCCAUGACAGUGGUUUGCAGUUUACAGUUCCAGUAGAUAACAAAAGUAGUAAGAGCUUUUCCUUUGAAAGGGUUGGAUCACCAAAAAAUGACUUUCUUUCUUCUCCAGAACAAAAGAAGAUAUUUUGAGGAAUGCUGAUUACCGAACAACACUGAACCCCAUUCACAUCCAUAGUAUGGACAGAAAACCAGUCAAUGGGUACUGCCGUUGUUCGGUUGUAUGAAGGUGUGAAAUGAAUGUAGAUUGGAUUCGAAGAGAAAUGAUAUGAGUUCAUAUUGAGAUUUCCAAUAAUAUUGACCAAUCUGAGCUCAGUUUGACACAUUGUUGACAUCUCUUCUGAAACUAACAUUUGUGACUCUUUUUCUCAGGAGAAAUAUCUGAGACUCAGAUGAGACUUACUUUAAGCAAACGUUUCCAUUUGCUCUCCAUUUAAUCGAAUGAUCUGCUGCAAUGAUGAGUGAAAAGAAAAGCCAAAGUGAAAUGAGGGCCUGUGUGGUGUUUUGUUGAGCAGGAGGGGUCGCAGGAUGACUCAAGGACAUGAAGCAGAUGUGUUUCUCAUCUCUGCUCUUUGAUGUCUUUAAUGAGUUGAGCACAGUUGAGGGUUGAUCAUGUUUUGGAAACUCUGUGAUGCUGAAGGACACGCACAUGGAGCAAGGUUACGCUUGAGUUUUAUUUUGACUUUUGAAUGAUCCCGAUCACACCCCAUGUGAGCGUUCCGAUAUAAAAGUCUAUGCGUGCUCUACAGACACGUUACUCUCUUCUUCACACACGUGUUCUUAUGGCAGCCGAACUGCUCCAGCUCUGCGGAAUGCAACCUUUGCGUCUCGACGGUGAGGCCGCGGUGGAUUUUCUGAUUCACGGGGCUCGUAACGGCACUGACAGAGCCGCCGAACACCUGCAUGGAUCCACAGUCACAUUACUGCUGCUGUUUAUCUGCCUGCUGCUGGCCAUCAGACAUCACCAGACAGACACAUCUCAUAUACCCGGUCCUUGUUUUCUUCUGGGUCUGGGGCCUCUGUUGUCUUACUGUCGGUUCAUCUGGUGCGGGAUCGGAACGGCCAGCAACUACUACAACUCCAGAUAUGGAGACAUGGUGCGGGUGUGGAUCGACGGUGAGGAGACUCUCAUCCUGAGCAGGUGCUCUGCUGUGUAUCACGUGUUGAAGAGAUCUGUGUACACCUCGCGCUUCGGCAGUAAACUGGGUCUGCAGUGUAUCGGGAUGCACGAACAGGGCAUCAUAUUCAACUCCAACGUCACACUCUGGAGGAAAAUACGCACAUUCUACGCCAAAGCUCUAACAGGUCCGGGUCUUCAGAGGACUUUGGAGAUCUGCACAUCUUCCACAAACACACACCUGGAUGAUUUGUCUCAGCUGACAGAUGCUCACGGACGUGUGGACAUUCUGAAUUUGCUGCGCUGUAUUGUGGUGGACAUCUCUAACAGACUCUUUCUGGGAGUUUCUCUCAACGAGCGAGAUCUGCUUCAGAAGAUUCAAAAUUAUUUUGACACCUGGCAGACGGUUCUUAUCAAACCUGACGUGUACUUCAGACUGGACUGGCUGCACAGAAAACACACACGAGAGGCUCAGGAGCUGCAGGACGCCAUUGCGGCUCUUAUAGAGAAGAAAAGAUGUCAGCUGUCACAGGUCGAGAAACUCGAGCACCUGGACUUCACUGCAGACCUGAUAUUCGCUCAGAGUCACGGCGAGCUGAGCACGGACAACGUCAGACAGUGUGUGUUGGAGAUGGUGAUCGCGGCUCCAGACACUCUGUCGGUCAGUUUAUUCUUCAUGCUGCUGUUACUCAAGCAGAAUCCAGACAUCGAGCUGAAGAUCCUGCAGGAAAUACACACUGUUUUAGCUGACAGAAGCCUUCAGCACUCAGAUCUUUCCAGGUUUCAUGUUCUGGAGAGUUUUAUCAACGAGUCGCUUCGGUUUCAUCCGGUCGUGGACUUCACCAUGCGGCGAGCGCUGGCUGAUGAUGUCAUUGAGGGUUACAGAGUGAAGAAAGGGACAAACAUCAUAUUAAACACGGGCCGGAUGCACAGAUCCGAAUUCUUCCCCAAACCAAACCAGUUCAGUCUGGACAACUUCCAGAAAAAUGUGCCGAGUCGUUUCUUUCAGCCAUUCGGAUCAGGCCCUCGUUCUUGUGUGGGAAAACACAUCGCCAUGGUGAUGAUGAAGUCGAUUCUGGUGACGCUGUUGUCACGGUUCUCUGUGUGUCCUGUGAAGGGCUGUACUGUUGACAACAUCCCUCAAACCAACAACCUCUCCCAACAGCCGGUGGAGGAGACGCCUUCAGCUCUCAGUGUUCAGCUCACCCUGAGAAACUCUCUCUGAUUCCUCUCAUCAUCUAUUUAUCAAACACCUUGUUUUAUGACAUUUGUAUGCUCACAUUUGUUUGUAAUAAUUGUGUAUGUAUUUGAGAUAGUACGUCACUGUGUCAUUUUGUGUAUUAUUAUUUCAUACGACUUAUAUUCAUAAAUAAAUCUACUGUAUAAUGUAUUUGGAAUUGAUUGAUUGUAUGGAAAGGAGAAAUCAGCUUGGCUGGUCAACAGUGAUUGAAGUACUAAAUCCAACUUCAUUCAUAUCGUUAUAUAGUUAUUGUAAUAUACGUUUAGGGGUUUUGUAGAGAUUAGGUAUGUGUAGGAGGUGUGUGUGUGUGCGUGUACCAUAGAUGCAGUUCUUCAUCAAGACAAACAGUCUUCAUUGUUACAUAAAUGAUUCAUUGUGUUGUGUGAUAAAGUUUUAUUUCUCUACA